UGCCCGGCUCACUCAGUCGGUUCCUCGCCGCGUCCUUCGGCGGUGGUGGCAGCGCACACUGCUCCAUACCAGGCGGCGCCAUGGAAGUGCUGGGCGCCCUGGACGUGGCCGAGCUGGCCGCCGCCUUCGCCCACCUGCCGGUCUUCCCAGUCUUCGACCUGGGCUACUUCGUGGUCUCCAUCCUCUACCUCAAGUACGAGAAAGGGGCUGUUGAGCUGUCCCGCCAGAGUCCAUUUGCCUCCUGGGUGGUGGCCAUGCUUUACUGCUUUGGCAGCUACAUCUUGGCCGACCUGCUCCUCGGAGAAGCCCCCAUCGAUUACUUCAGCAACAAUUCCAGCGUGCUUCUGGCCACGGCUGUCUGGUAUCUGACUUUCUACUGUCCCCUGAACCUCUUCUACAAGUGUGUGACGUUCCUGCCUGUGAAACUGAUCUUUGUAGCUAUGAAGGAGGUAGUCAGAGUCCGCAAGAUCGCUGCUGGGGUCCACCACGCCCACCACCAUUACCACCAGGGAUGGCUGAUCAUGGUUGUCAUUGGGUUUGUCAAAGGUUCUGGAGUUGCCUUGAUGUCAAAUUUUGAGCAGCUGCUGCGUGGAGUCUGGAAGCCAGAAACUAAUGAGUUUCUCCACAUGACUUUCCCAUCCAAAGCCAGUCUGUACGGAGCCAUACUCUUCACCCUGCAGCAGACACACUGGAUGCCAAUCUCCAAAGACAGCCUCAUCUUCUUCUUCACACUCUUCAUGAUCUCUUGCAAGGUGUUCAUGACGGCGUCUCACUCUCACGGCUCGCCAUUUGCCCCCGUGGAAGGAGUGCUGUGUCCGAUCCUCUUUGGCUCCGUGCCCCCUGGCCAUGAUGAUCACCAUCACGACCACCACCACGGGGGCUCCCAUGAACCCACCUGUCCCCCCGCACCCUUGCUGCCGGCUAAAACACGGGACGAGCUGAACGAAGGCACCCGGAAGCGGAAAGCCAAGAAGGCUGAAUGAGCAGUAGGCCGGGGGUCCCAUCCGAACCCUCUGAGGCACCCGGGCUGCUCACGAGGAUCUUCCAUGGACAUCAUCUUGGGGGGGGGCCAGGAGGGCCCAGCGCCUGUCCAGAUUUUCUGGC